AUGCACCGCACCUCCCCACCUUCUCUUGACCCCGCCGACCACCACGCCAGCUACAUGACGCUGGACGGCCGCAUCAGCAUGGCAGGAGUCAGCCACGCCAGCCUGCGCCGCGCUGUCAGUGUCCAACCCUCGCGACUGUUCCUAUUCGCGCCCGUGCUGCAGGGUGCGAUACCUCGCGGAGGCGAUGGCUGA